UCCCGGACAAUCUGAAUUCUGACCGUUUCUCUCUCUCUCUCUCUGUCUCUCACAAGCAUAGAGAGAUUAAUAUUUAUUUUCUUUCGGGUUUGAUGAGAAAAAUAUUUUCAAAUUUAUAAUCUUUUUGUGUUCUGGACACCACGAGACACGACAUUGGGUUUUCUCUCUGCAGUCGAUACUCAGCUGCAAGCUUCUCUUGGAAGCCAUUUUCACUGCACUGUUAUAAAGCUCUGUUUCUUCUUCGUCUUCUCUUCUCUGUGUUUCCCUUUGAAGGAGAGAAUGAGCGCUUCGAAGUUCAUCAAAUGUGUUACGGUCGGAGAUGGAGCUGUCGGGAAGACGUGUAUGCUUAUCUGCUACACCAGCAACAAGUUUCCCACUGAUUAUAUACCCACUGUUUUCGACAAUUUCAGUGCCAAUGUGGCUGUGGACGGACAAAUCGUGAAUCUAGGGCUCUGGGACACUGCAGGUCAAGAGGACUAUAGCAGGUUGAGGCCGCUGAGUUACAGAGGCGCUGAUAUCUUUGUCUUGGCAUUUUCAUUGAUCAGCCGGGCGAGUUAUGAGAAUGUCCUUAAGAAGUGGAUGCCUGAACUCCGUCGGUUUGCACCCAAUGUCCCGAUUGUUCUUGUUGGCACAAAGCUUGAUCUUCGCGAGGACAGAGGGUACCUGUCAGAUCAUGCGGGUGUCAUAACAUCUGCUCAGGGGGAGGAACUGAGAAAGCAAAUCGGGGCAGCCGCAUAUAUCGAAUGCAGUUCCAAGACUCAGCAAAAUGUAAAAGCGGUUUUCGAUACAGCGAUCAAGGUUGUUCUUCAGCCUCCAAGGAGGAAGGAGGUCACAAGAAAGACAAAACCUAGAAGGUCUGGCUGCUCUUUUGUUGGCAUUGUAUGUGGGGGCUGUGUGGCUUAGGACACAAAAUCUCGGACUCUGUUCUGUUCUGUACGGAAAACUGUCCUGUUGUACUUGUUUCCAAAACUUGAGAAUGGUCGGAUUCGGGUUUAAGAGUUUUCUCGUGUAAAAGGGAACUGAUCGUUCUCUUGAUAUAUGGUUAACCCUCUCUUUCCUUUCCUGUUGUUAUUGUAAACUGCAAUCUGUAAUAUGCUUUUGAAUCUGAAGAAAUGUUGUUUUAGGAGUU